CGAUCCUGAAGGAGGAGCAGAGCCGUCGCUGCUACCACAUCUACCUUCCCUCCCAACCACCUUGUCUUCUCUUCGCCAUUCAACUUCAUCACCUCGACCUUUUUUCGCCCCACCUUCUUGCAGCCCCGCCAAGGACCACGCAUACCCAACGGCAACGUCUAGCGUCUUCCUCAUCGACGAAGACAAAAAGCCCUCAUCCUCCUCAACUACGCCAGGCGCCCCCUCGAAAUACGCCGUACACCGUGAGCAAUUCCCCUUUCAGCGCACCGCGACGGCGUUUCGAUGCUGACUAUGCUUUGCUAUUUUAUUUUAUCCACCUGCUCCUACAACACCUCGACCUCAUCUCGCUGCCAUCGCGCAUCGAUGUCGGCCGACUGCUCCUACUUGCCUGCAUCGAUACGAAACUUCGACCGCCUCGACGCUGCUCACCGCUCGUGUGGGCCCCGCCACACUGCCAAACCUCCCGCCUUGCAUCGUCGAUUGAUGGCCGCCGCCAUGGAUGCAAUGCUUGUCGUUCGCUCGCCGGCGCUGCCUCGCCGCCCCUUGCAACGAUUGGCCGCUGCUGCCUGCUGGCUGCUGCUGGUCCUGCGCGGCUGCAAUCUGCCGGGCCCCCUCACUUCGCGGCACUCUCUCGCCCCGCCCCGCCCCGCCCUGCGACUCAAUGCCAAACUUCGACGAUCUCCUCCCCCCCAUCUGGCUGGGCUGGCUCAUUUGGACCUGAAACUUGCGCCAACCCAACCAUCGUUGGCCUGCGUUGCCCGCGUCUUGGCCCUUGUGUCCGCUGGGUCGCCGUUCGACGACACCUUCUCUCCCUUCGUCCUCUCCUCUUCAUCAUCACGGAUCCUCACAUCUUCCCUGGCUGUCGGCGGGUCAGCAGGGUAGAAUAGUUUGGCGCACCACCUAGCGCGACGCAGCAUCAGCAGCAUCAACGUCCCGAACGAGCGUGUCAGUACCAGUGGAGGUCGCACAUCGGCCAAACCGCACUUCAUCGGUGAGUACAUUG